AUGAAGGGCACAGCCGCAGAAAAGCACAAAGAGCGUUUGAAAAAUGCAAGAGAUGUUUAGAUGAGCAAGAAAGAAGCGUAAAUUAAUAAACUUACUGAUGAAGAGGUAGUUAACGAACUUAAAGAUAAAGCUUUGCCAGUUUAUGGCACACGCCAAGAAAAGCUAGAUAGGUUGAAGAAAUAUAUGGGAAUCAUACCUAAUCCAGUCCAGUAAUAAUAGUAAUAAGGAAAUAAUUUACCACCAAGCAAUAACAACGGAGGAUUAAAUCAGAACUUUAAUAAUAACAAUAUUAAUGUAAACGACUUUAAUGACUAGCAGAAGAAAUAGAAUGCUUUUAAAGAUCCAACUGUUGAAAAAAUUUAAAAAAUGGAAUAAAAGCGUGAGGAAAGAAGAGCUAAAAUGGAAGAAGCAAAACGUGAAAGGGAAGAAAAAAUUAUGGAACACUAAGCACUUGGAAAAAAUAUUGAUGUUGACUUUGAAAUAUUAAUUGAAAAGAAUAGAUUUAAGGAACCACUUUAAUAAAAUCACACUCCUGCUUCUCAUUUGAAGCUCUGCGUUUGUGUAAGAAAACGUCCUAUUUUUAAAAAAGAAGAAACCAACGGUGAAAUAGAUUCAGUUUCAGUGUCUAACCCUUAGAUUCGUGUUUUAGCACCUAAAUUUAAAGUUGAUGGAAUUACUAAGUAUGUAGAAAAUUAUGAUUUCACUUUUGAUAAUUCAUUUAACGAAAAUGAAGAAACACAAGAUGUUUACAAAUACUCUUUAAGACCUCUUCUAGAUCACAUUAUGAACUAGGGAGUUAUAACAUGUUUUGCCUAUGGUCAAACAGGCUCUGGUAAAACCUUUACCAUGAAGGGUUUACAAAACCAAUAUGUGACUGACAUGUACAAGUUGUCCACCCAUUAAAAUUAUUCUUCAAUGAACUUAAAAUUCUUCAUUUCAUUCUUUGAAAUCUAUGGAGGAAGAUGUUAUGAUCUACUUAAUAAUAAAAACUAACUAGUUAUAUUAGAAGAUAAAAAUGGAUAUGUUUAAAUUCAAAAUAUUGUAGAAAAGCAAGCUAUGUCAGCUGAAGAAAUGAUCCAAUUAAUUGAAUAUGGCCACAACAUUAGAACAACCCAUGCUACAGCUUCAAAUGAUACCUCUUCUCGUUCACAUGCUAUUUGUUAGAUCAUGCUUAGAAAUGAUAAAGAUAAACAAGUUGGUAAGUUGGUUUUGGUAGAUUUGGCUGGUUCAGAAAGAGCUUAGGACUGUCAAAGUAACAAUAGACAAAGAAGAAUGGAAGGUGCAGAAAUCAAUAAAAGUUUAUUGGCUUUAAAAGAAUGCAUCAGAGCUAUGGAUACAGGUGCCGCACAUGUUCCUUUUAGAGCUUCGAAAUUAACUUUAGUUUUAAGAGAUUCUUUUUAGAGCAAAUCCGAUAAAUCAAAAAUUGUAAUGAUUGCAUGUAUCUCUCCUGGCUCCUCUUCUUCAGAUCACACAGUAAACACAUUAAGAUAUGCAGAUCGUUUGAAAGAAAAUAAGCCACCAGUAAAAGGAGGUAUGCCAAGAAUAGAUGCUCCUUAGCUUAUAGAUGAAAUGCCAAGUUACAAUAUUAAUCACAACAAUAUAAAAUCAGAUAAUUAGUUAAAUGAUCAACCUAGCAGUUAAAAAGAGUAAUUAUCAAACAGAAGAAAUCAUUCUUCAAACUAAAUGGAUGAUGCUAGUCCUUAGCAGCAACUACCUCCAAAAUAAAAUAAAACACCACUACUUCCUCCAGCAGAUAAAAGAAUAGCUUAAAAAAUAGAAGAAGAAAGAAUAGAAAAAGAAAAAAAAUUACAAUAAUAACAAUAGUAGUAAGCUUAAUAGCAAUAACAACAUCAUAUGAAAAGAGGUCAAUCAAGUAAUUUACCCUCAGCUAACAAACAAACUCCUACAAAUUAAUAGUAAUAGUAGUAGAAAAACAACAGUUAAAACAACUUGAGCAAAAAUAGCUCAGAUGAUGAAGGUGAACAAAUUUAGCAAGUUAAUAAGGGAGUAAAAGAUGAUGUCCGUUGCAUGAAAGAAACCUUAAAAAUGGAUAAGAAUAAUAAAGUUUCAAAUGAAUUUUUUGAUUUCCAUGAAAAAGUUAAUACAAUUUUAGAAGAAUAAGAAGAAAUAUUUGCUACUCACAUGGCUGCAAUUAAAGAAGAUGCCAAGCUCCUAACUCAAGAAAGUGAAUUAAUAUCUAAAGUUUAAGGAACUGGAUUUAUAGAUUAUGAUAUUGAUUUAUAUGUAAAAAAGUUAGAAACUGUCAUUAAGAAAAAGCUAAAAAUGUACAAUCUUUUACAUAAAAAGCUAGAUACUUUUAAGAAACAUUUAUAAGAAGAAGAAGAAAUAAGCUCUAAAGUUAAAGAUACCUUCUACUUUUGA